AUGGGCGACAAGGCCACUCUCGCUGAUCUCUACGUAUCGGUUCAGCACACCUGGUACGACUCGGCUACCGAGUCAGCGACUGAAUACCCUGACAACACGACUGCGGCCGUUACCACUACCGCCCCGAAGGACCAUUGUGACUACAAGUCGGUAACCGCGACUGCUUCGUCCGACAGCACCAAUAAAACUCCAUUAACCAGCAGCACGUCUAUAGCUACGCAGACUUUUACUUCGAUUUCAGCCACCCCCACGACAUCGACGUCGACUGGCAGCGUCAUCGUUCUCAAGCGUCACUCUAAGCUCCAGUUUUGUACACAGCGGAACGGAGGCCGGUUCCACUACCGCCAGAACGGCAUCCAGAACAACAUGCUCUUUUUGAACUAA